AUGUCACAGAAACGAGAAGAGAAGGAUUAUAAAGAGCACGAAAAGGAGAAAAAUGUGCAAAGGAUGGCACAAACACGAGCGAAGGGUCAAUAUAAACAACAGGAGAAUGAGACCAAUUUGCUUAGGAUUCGGGAAAUGAGAAAUACUGUUGACGGAUUUUCUUCCCAGGAAAGGGAUAAAAAUCGGGAUCGUAUGUCACAGAAACGAGAAGAGAAAGAUUAUAAAGAGCACGAAAAGGAGAAAAAUGUGCAAAGGAUGGCACAAACACGAGCGAAGGAUCAAUACAAACAGCAGGAGAAUGAGAGCAAUUUGAUAAGGAUUCGGGAAAUGAGAAAUACUGUUGACGGAUUUUCUUCCCAGGAAAGGGAUAAAAAUCGAGAUCGUAUGUCACAGAAGCGAGAAGAAAAGGAUUAUAAAGAGCACGAAAAGAAGAAAAAUGUGCAAAGGAUGACACAAACACGAGCGAAGGAUCAAUACAAACAGCAGGAGAAUGAGACCAAUUUGAUAAGGAUUCGGGAAAUGAGAAAUACUGUUGACGGAUUUUCUUCCCAGGAAAGGGAUAAAAAUCGAGAUCGUAUGUCACAGAAGCGAGAAGAAAAGGAUUACAAAGAGUACGAAAAGAAGAAAAAUGUGCAAAGGAUGGCACAAACACGAGCGAAGGAUCAAUACAAACAGCUGGAGAAUGAGACCAAUUUGAUAAGGAUUCGGGGAAUGAGAAAUACUGUUGACGGAUUUUCUUCCCAGGAAAGGGAUAAAAAUCGAGAUCGUAUGUCACAGAAGCGAGAAGAAAAAGAUUAUAAAGAGCACGAAAAGGAGAAAAAUGUGCAAAGGAUGGCACAAACACGAGCGAAGGAUCAAUACAAACAACAGGAGAAUCAGACCAAUUUGAUAAGGAUUCGGGAAAUGAGAAAUACUGUUGACGGAUUUUCUUUCCAGGAAAGGGAUAAAAUCGGGAGCGUAUGUCACAGAAACGAGAAGAGAAGGAUUAUAGAGCACAAGAAAAGGAGAAAAAUGUGCAAAGGAUGGCACAAAUGA